AUGGCUUCAGAGGCAGAUUUCGCCGAGUUUUCAGCUAUGUUUGACAGAAUGUUCGAAGGACGCCAAGGCCUCUCUCGCUUCCUACCGCUGAUUUUAGCUUUAGCCGGAGAAGCCGAUGAGGACGAAGAAACCACCGGGAUGACGACGAGACACAGAGAGAUCGUGAUCGAUCCGGUGAAUCGGAGAGUGUUGAUGAUCGGAUCGGCUUUGGGGCUCGAGGAUCUCUUAAACGACGUCUCAGGGAAACAAGGGAGAUCGCCGGCGUCGAAAUCAUCGGUGGAGAGUAUGCCACGUGUCGUGAUCGGAGAAGGCCAGGAGAAAGAGGGAUCUUGCCCGAUAUGCCUAGAGGAGUGGUCGGGAGGUGAUGUGGCGGCGGAGAUGCCGUGUAAGCACAGGUUUCACUCCAAGUGCGUGGAGGAGUGGCUGGGGAUUCACGCCACGUGUCCUCUUUGUAGGUACGAGAUGCCUGUUGACGAAGAGGAGAAAGAGAAGAAAAUCGGCGUUUGGAUUGGAUUCUCUGUUAGUGGCGGCGAGAGAAGAAGCGGAGAAGACGGAGGAAGAAGAAGACAGAGUAACGGUGGCUCAGACACUCAGGAUGAAACAGAGGCUUAG